GGAAGAGAGGAGUUGGACGGAAAUCAGCGGUGCGCCGGUGAAAUACGUCCGUGUUACACCUGAAGCCAAUGCAACUCCGUGUUCAGGGUAUAAUCGGCAUCAUCCAGCGACCGGCCAGACAGCUGGCAGACGGACUUACUGCAUCUCGACUUCGGAUGCUGCCUCCAACCAAGAGGCGCAGAUGCGGUCUGUCUGGCUCCAAAAACCCUCUCUAAUCUGAAACCUGAGGACUGACCCCUUAAUAAUGGAUACCCCUGAGAGACUUGACCGUGAUGCUCGCGGGUGAGGAGGAGCGAGGCUGAGGAGGAGGAGGAGAUGGGCUGCACCUCCACCAAGCAGGUGUCUGCAGUACCCAACAGUGAAGAGGACCAGAGCAAAGCCCACAGCAAUGGAGACCUCUUCUCUGAUGAGUACAAGAUGAAAGGAGAGGAGAAAGUCAAGUACAUCAGUGGACAAGAGGCAGGAGGGGAUGGCCAGGACAGCAUGGAGAAAAGUGCUUUGCUUGGAAAAAGUCAAAACAUGGAUGAGAUGGGAUCAAAUGAAGAUGGAAAAAUACUGAGCAUUCAUUCCUCAGAGAGCCAGCAAGAGUUCUUCAGAAUGCUUGAUGAGAAAAUUGAAAAGGGCAGGGAUUACUGCUCCGAGGAGGAGGAGGACAUGACAUAGCACUAUGACCAUGCAUCUUUCAGCCAUCAGAUGGAGAGGAUGUCAGUGUUGCAAUGGGCAAGUAUCAUUCCACCUACGUAAAGGGCGGAAGGACAAAACUCCACUGAGCAACUUCUUGCCCGUAUGCUCAAUACGAAGCUCCUUCUUGUUUAAUCCAGCGACCAAAAAUCAAAGACGGUUCAGGAGUUGAGGAGAAUACUUCGGUUCAGUUUACUUUAUUGAAAAAGCCAUCACAGGAUGUCAGGGAUUUCGGGAUCAAGAGGAACUCUUCCCUGCUUGGAUUUCGCCUCAAAGUCAGUAUACACGGCUGGAAGUUUACGACAAGUCAGAAAAUAGGGCUUCAUGCAUGAAUGGUUCUGAUUUUUCACUUCAAUAUAUUUAUGGGGAAAAAUAAGAUCCGUAUCUUAUACCUAAAUUGGAUGCCCCAAUACAUGAAGGGUGUCCGAGUUGUGUUCCUCUCAAUGAAGUCAUCGGAAAAAUGAAAGUUAAAAAAAAAAAGAAGAAACAUGUAUUCAGCAAAUCGAACCUCUUUGCCUUGAGUCAUGUUUUCAUGAUUUUUGGUUUUUCAUUGAUGUUUCAAAUCAGCUUCCAUGCAGCUUAUGGAGACUUUAAGCCUGGUGAUUUAAAAAAAUAAUAAUACAUUUACAACAGAGUUAGUCGAGCGUACAAUUAUAGAGUAAAACUGCGCAUACAGAUGUUUCAUGCAUGAGGCCCACUGUGCCCAUAUGCCUCCCUGAAAGGUCACCAGGUUGACUUCUGCAUUCCAGGAAACAAUAUGAAUCUCUUUUCUACAAUUUCUGGGCCAAAACUAAAUGUCUGUGUGUCUACCCACAUUUUUUUUCUAAUAUAUUUAUGAGAAACAAGGCUCAGGGUUGCUUCCUGUCAUCACUGCACAUUUAAAACACUCACACGGUCGGCUUACUAUGUACUGACCUGCUUCAAUACCGCGUCCAGAUGAACCCCGCUUGGGUGAAGUCACAUGUUGUUCGGAGUCUGUAUUUCACUCACCAGUGUUACUGUGUAAGUCAAUGUUGGUCUUUUGUUUUUCUAGAGAAAAAAAAUGUUGUUUUU